AUGAAGAUUAUAUAAGAUGGAAUAGACUAUUUUCUAUUUUUACUGACAACCACUUAGAUUGGAAUGGCUUUCAUAAAAUAUACAAUCACAUAAAAUUAUUAAUAUCCCUAUUUAGGACUUAUAAUAAUAUCCGCUCCUCUUGCGAUAAUAGGAUUUUUUACCAUUUUAAAAUUUGUAAAGGACUAUAAUGGUAGAGGCUCUAUAUUUUAUCUUGACAUUAACUAAUAUAUUAUACUUUCACUCUUAUAUGGAUUUUCUUAAAUUUUAUCAGUGACUGCAUUAAAAUACUCUCAUCUAACAUUAAUAAGAUAUAUAAUCAUUGGAGGAAUCACAGAGUGUUUAGUAUUACCUUUACUAAGUAAAUUCAUUUUAAACAGAAUGCUUUACUCCCACUAUAUUCUUACUGUGUUGCUUUCAGUUGCAAGUCUUUGUGUAAAUGAACUUCUUGUCCUAUCAAGAUCUAGUCCUUCUUCUAAAAUAUCUGUAUCUACUGAAUCUGGAUGGGAAGGACCUCUUAUUACUUUCUUCAGCAAAUUUCUUUUUUUAUUAGGAUCUGUUCUGAGUAAAAGAUUUAUAUUAAAAAGAGGCCAUUACUAUAAGCUUAAAGAUAAAUCGCUUUACAAUUAAAAUAUUCCUAUUGGGGCUUUAAAUUAUGUUAAGGGUGGUGAUAUUACUAAUUACUAUAAAGAUUAUGUUAGUGGAGAUGACGACAAGCCAAAGUUAUUGAAAAAGGAAUCUAUUUUGUACAAAAGAUUUUAAUUGAUAAAAAAGUUGGACCCUAAUUAUGAGGAUCUCAGAUUUGAGACAGGGGAAAGAGAUCCCUAUUUAGAAAGUAAAAUUGUAAAUUUUAGAAAGUUAGUGGGUAAUAAUACUGUGAAAGUGAAUUAAUUAGUAGAGCUGCCAAAAUAUUUUACUCGUCCUAAAUUUUAAUAUUACUUAGGCUACGGAGCUCUAAACGCUGAAGAACUAGAUACUGUUUUAAAUCUAGAUGAGAAUUUAAUGAAUAAAUAUAUAAAAAGGAGAGAAGAAACUAAUUUCAAAGAUUUGAAGAAGUGGGAGGUAGAAAAUAUGUUAAAACAGGAGGAAAAUGAAAGACAAUACUUGGAGGAAUUUUUGAAGGAUUAUUUAGAAAUGAAGUUUAAUGCUCACUACUUUCAUGAUAAAGAUGAUAUGCUCCUCACAAAAAUUGAUAGCAUUUUUGAUUCUAUGAUUUAUGACAACGAAAACUUCAACAUUGAUAUUUAGAAGACUGUAGAACUCUAUUCAAUAUACAAUCUCUUCUUACUUAUUUUAUCUUUCUUUGCUUCUUAUUUCAACCUCGAAUUUUAUUAUGCCAUCUACUAGAAUUAUGAACUAUCUAUGACUUAAGUUAAACCAUACUUUGUAGACUAAGAUAAUUUAUAUGUAAUGUUUAUAGUAGCCUCUUUAUUUUAGCUAGUUAAACCAUUCUUUUUUAACAGAAUUCUCUAAAAUCAUACUUAAGGAGUUUACUUUUUUAUAAAACUCCUUACUGAAUUUCUGAUAAUUAUUUUUGCUUCAACAUUUACAAACCAAGCUCCUAGUAUUGCCACAAACACACUGAUAGCUAUAUUCUUGCUUUUUUUUGCUAAUUAUGCAAAUUACUCUGGUGUUAAUCACAAGAAAAAUUGGACUGAAUUUGCUUCUCUAAUUGAAUUAGUUAAGUCUUACUUUUCCCAAGAUCUUGAAGUAGAUUAAUUGCUACUACUUGAAAUAAGAUUAAUCUAAAUCCAUCAACUUUUGGGAAGAGACGAUUUCUUAAGGAUUUUGAUAGAUCUAAUCAUAAGUAAAAAUCCAAGAUAACUUCUGCACACAAAUAAUCCUGUAAUGUUUUUAAGAGAAAACUUUGACUUAUUCUACAAUAGGAGGGCUUAGAAUUGGGGAGGAGGUUUCCCUAGACCUACAGUUGAAGGUAUUGAAAGUUCAUGGAUUAGCUAAAGCCAUAAAGAUAUUUGGAUUAACUCAAUUAAUUAAAUGAAAAACAAUUAUGAGCAAGAAAAAAAGGAAUACGAAAUAUUAAAAGAAAAAUUACUAAAUAAGCCAAAUUCCUAAUCAAAAAAUGAAUCAUAUAAAGAGGAUUGA